CAUGACUCAGAAACCGGUUCCCCUGGCUGUAACAGUGAUACAGUUGGGAUCAUUACCUGUAAGCCAAUGCCUUAGCUUCAUAGCCUGCCUCUCUACAAGGUGUGUUGCUGUCACAGACUGCUGGAAAAGCAUUCCCAGGUGUGGAAAGAGAGGGCUCACCACCCAGCUUCGACUUCCAGGGACCUUCCUUUCCGGGAAGAAAUUUAAUAUUAAUUAGAAACGCCUCUAGAAGAUUCACUACUGCAUUGUAGAGAGGGUGCGAACCCAGGAAGGACCGGGAUGGGAAUCCUAUAUUCUGAGCCCAUCUGCCAGGCAGCCUACCAGAACGACUUGGGGCAAGUGUGGCGGUGGGCGAAAGAAAGCAACCAUUACGUGGAUGUUCAAGAUGGUUUCAAUGGCGAUACUCCCCUCAUCUGUGCCUGCAGGCGGGGCCACCUGAGAAUUGUCUCCUUCCUUUUAAGGAGAAAUGCUGAUGUCAACCUCAAAAACUUGAAGGAGAGAACCUGCUUGCACUAUGCUGUGAAGAAGAGAUUUACCUUCUUUGAUUAUCUACUCAUUAUCCUUUUAAUGCCUGUCUUGCUAAUUGGAUAUUUCCUCAUGAUAUCAAAGACAAAGCAGAAUGAGACUCUUGUACGGAUGCUCCUUAAUGCUGGCGUAGAAGUUAAUGCUACUGACUGCUACGGCUAUACUGCCCUGCACUACGCUUGCCAGAUGAAAAACCAGACUCUCAUCCCUCUGCUUCUGGAAGCCCACGCAGACCCCAUGAUAAAGAACAAGCAUGGAGAGAGUUCACUGGAUAUCGCACAGAGACUAAAAUUUUCCCAGAUUGCACUAAUGCUAAAGAAAGCCUCAUAGACCUGCGACUUCUCAUGUGGCGACAGAGACACAGAUGAAGGACUGGAUGUUGUCCAAAUCAUGGAUUAUUGCCCUAUGGGCACGCAAGCUGGUUGCAUCCACUUUGUGACAAACGUUGGACUUAGGAUGGCUUUUACAGUGGAAGUCACCAUGGCCUUGAUCUCUCCAAAGGACCCAUUAUACUCAUGUUGGAAUCUCAGUUGUCAAAACUGAGUGUUAACGAAUUUAUAAUCCAGUGUCUUCUGAAAACAAGUCAGAGUUACCUGAAGUCACAUUCUAUCUUUCUAGUGAUGUCAUCCCUCUGAAGACUUGGCCCUACAACCUGUCUUGGGAGAUAAAUGGUUCAUCUCAGGCUCCUUUACAUACUAAGCCCAAAAAUCAAAGCGUGUGCACUCGUACUUGCGUGUGUAGGGAGUUAGAGAUCCCAGAGUAAAUAUUCCUUUGAUGGAAAAUCUUCAAUAAAAACAUAUGUCGUUGUCAGUGGUGAGUUUGCUGAAACCAUAGAAACUGGCACAUGCCUCACAGCAGAACUGGUUUUUGUCAUUGUUCCCUUGGGGGGUGGGGUGGGGAGGGAAGGGACUAGAUCUGUAUACCAGCAUGUGUUUCACCAGCAGUUUAUAACUGUCUUUUUAGUUUGUAAGUUAUGUAAACAUUAAAAAUGUUCAAAAUCC